GAGAGGGAGGAAGUGGAAGUGUCCUCAGAGACUGAACAGCUGAAGAGUCUCACUUCAACAGAUUCCUCUCUGAGUCACGUCUCAUCUGGACCUGAAGGAGCGACCGUUCAUCUGACAUGGAUCUCCAGAACUCCACCCUCCCUCCUGGGAACCAAUCAGAUUUCAAAAGCGUGUUCACCCUGCAGGUGUUGCCUCCGCUCUACCUGCUCACCUGUCUUGUGGGCGGAGUCCUGAACGGAGUCGCCGCCUGCAUCUUCUUCCGGGUGCCGAGCGACUCGGGGCUGGUGGUGUACCUGAAGAACAUGGUGGUGGCUGACUUCCUCAUGCUCUCCACCUUCCCCUUCAAGGUGGCGGCCGAGUUGGGGGUGGGGGGGUGGCGCAUGCACGUGGUCACCUGCCGCUACACCGCCGUGCUCUUCUACUUCUCCAUGUACGUGGGCAUGGUCUUCAUGGGCUUCAUCAGCCUCGAGCGCUACGUCAAGAUCGUCCGACACACGUCCUCCAACACCUCCACCUGCGGGUCGAAGUGGUGCAGUGCCUCCAAGCUGCACCUCCUGCAGAGCGUGGACUUCGCUCGGGUUCUGGCGCUGCUCACCUGGGUCUUCAUGCUGCUUUCUGUCCUGCCCAACGUGGUCCUCACCAGCAAUCCUGCAAACGAGACGAACGCGCGGCGCUGCAUGGAGCUGAAGACGCCGUUCGGCCUGCAGUGGCAUCACUUCCUAGCCUACUUCAACAACGCCCUCUUCUGGCUGACGUUGUUCCUGCUCUCCUUUUGCUAUGCCUCCAUCGCCUGCCAUCUGUACAGCUCGUAUCGACGUGUUCGCCGCGAGCAAAGCGACGCCUGCAGGAAGUCCAAACGCAGCAUCUUCAGCCUCCUGGCGGUGUUUUUCGUUUGCUUCGUUCCGUACCACGUGCUUCGCAUCCCGUAUACUUUGAACCAGAGGGCGGAUUCGGGCUUCAGCAAGGACGCCGGCUUCUGGCUGUUCCAGCUGAAGGAGGCCACGCUCUUCCUCUCCGCAUUCAACGUCUGCCUCGACCCCGUCAUCUACUUCCUGAUGUGCCGCACCUUCAGGGAGUCGCUGCUCAGGAAGCUGUCGGGGAGGAGAAGGAGGAGGAGGGGGGGGUCGCUCACCACCGGACAGUCCGUCACUAACCUAGGCGGGGUAGAGGAGAGGAGGUGAGGGAAGGAGGGGAGGAGACAAGAAUAGGAGGCUAUUCACCGUAUGCCUCGUCCGCUCUUUGGCGCUUCCACGUUGACUUAAAAUUACUUUGCAUAGCAUCGCCAGCUCUAUCAACCUUUACUUGCCAAAGAAACAGUUUUUAAGCUUUUGAAAGAACUGUUAGAUAGGUAGGUAGGUAGGUAGGUAGGUAGGUAGGUAGGUAGGUAGGUAGGUAGGUAGGUAGGUAGGU